AAAAACGUUUCGUUUUGUUUCUUUGUUUGUCACAUUGACACAAGUGCAGGGUCUUUUAAAUUAUAUAACUUUUAACUAAGAUAAAUUUUUGAAAGGUUAGUCAUUAGGUUGUAGAUGAAUUGCAUUACAGACAAAAUAUGACCUAUGCAGAAGAUUGAUAACUGAUAACUGUUGGCUGAGUUCAUAUUUAUUAUUAUUUUUUUUAGAAGUUUCUUCUAAAUUGGUAUACAAUUGGACAGAGAAGAUCCAAUAAUAUCGUUUUACCCUUCACCGAAGACUGCCAUCUAGCCAAACUGCUUCCUACCCCCCCUGACGGGAAAAGAAAGAAAAUUAUGUUAUAGGGAAAGAACGAGUGAGCAGAAAGAGUUCGAGAGGAGAGCAAGAGCUAAAGACAAGGAUAUUGUGAAACUGUGUUAAUGAUCAAGUGAAAAAGAAAAACCAAAAAAGGACGAGAGAGAGCAAAAAAAAAGAAAGAGAGUGAGAGAGAGAGAGAGAGAGAGAGAGGAGGAGGAGAAGAGUACGAAAAAGAAGAAAAAAAGGAAGGAUAACCAAAGGGAAUUUGAGCAAUUAUAUGUGAGAAAAAGAUUAGGUAGCAUUAUUUGAAAAUGGCUAAAAUUCUUGCCCUGAACAAACAACUAUCAAGAGCGUCAUUGAGAAUCUAGUUCUUUCUCAUAGGGUUGAUCACGUUUCAACGGUUAAGUAAGUUGUUUUCACUUUUAACUUUUUUAAUAGUGCUUAUUACCUUUUCCGUUGAACUCUAAAAAUUUUAAUAAAACUUUUGAAAAUGUUAAAUUUUUCUCUUAGUCUUUUUUAAGACUAAGGAAGAAAGCUAAGGAUGUAGAAAAGUGCAGAGAAAAAGGAAAUCAUUCGCAUGUGUAAAUGAUAGAUUUCUUGGACCAACGACAAAUUAAUGGCCAAUAAAAGUUGUUCUAUUAAUCCUUUAAGAGGAUUAACGAAUGUAGACUAUCCCAGACAAGCUCUGCUAUAUAUUAUGAACUAGAAAGUAUUAUUUUUUAUAAAAAAGAUAUUUAGAAUUCAUGAAAGCUAGAAAAGUGUUAAAAUAAUUUUGUCUAUAAAUCAAUAAGUCAUUCAAGUUGUAUCAUAAGAAUCUCAUUGACCAACGUUAAUAAAUAUUUCACAAUAGUCAAUUUUUACAGAUUCUUUUCAUCAUGUCGAACAAUUCGACAAUUCCAACUCGAAUUGAUAAUAGAUUAACUGAAGUUGUUGUUCAAGCAAUUCUAUUCUGUUUUAUUGUUUUUGCAAACUUCUUUCUUGUUACUUUACUAUUACUGCAAAAAAGAAAAACGAGCAGAAUUCACGUCCUAAUCCUCCAUUUAUGCUUGGCCGACCUGCUCGUAGCAAUUUUUCAGGUUGGACCGCAAUUGAUCGAGCACUGUCUGCAGUACGCGAGCCAAUACGAUGAGAGCAUAUUAUUAUUUUACGGUUCUAAUGGUUGCUGUAAAUUCGUUAAAUACAUGACAACACUAUCAAUGUUUCUAAGCUCAUUUAUUUUGGUUACUAUCGGAUAUGACCGUUAUAUGGCUUUAUGUCGACCCUUAAAAAAGCUAUCUUCUGCCGAAAAUCGGUUUAAGAUGAUAAUUUUACCGUGGAUUCCGGCUGGACUCUUAUCUUUACCGCAACUGUUUAUCUGGUCUACGGAUCCUGACAUAAAAAACACGUGCAAAGCAAACUUUGGGGGAAAUCAUGUUGCAAAUAGAAAUGUGGCUAUAUAUACUUGCUUAUUUUUUGUUACAAUUUAUGUCAUUCCAUUUUUCACUUUUGUCUACUUUUAUGGAAGAAUCGGAUAUACAAUCUGGAAGAAUGAUCCUCAAAAAUUGGCUUGCGGUACAGUUGUAUACAAGUUUAACGGAACGGGUCAUAUAUCAGUGAUAACCAAGGGCCGAGUAAAUUGCAGUUUGUGCGAUUCCGUUCAGGAAGUUCGUAAAAACAGCAAUUUAGCUAUGUCUAAAGCGAAGUUGAAGACGAUUAAAUUAGCAAUUGUCGUCUGCCUGACCUAUUUGGUGUGUUGGGGUCCAUUUUUUGCAACACAUCUAAUUUGGAUUAUCGCUCCGAAAUGGGAGAUAAUUGGUGAAAAAGCUUUCAUUGUGUGCGUAUUAUUGGGAAAUUUCAACGCUUGCGUAAAUCCAUGGAUAUAUGUGCUUUUCAGUAGUAAAAUGCUGAAAAAAUUUUGCCCAUGUUGCGAGAAUUCUGUAAGAAAUCAACAGAAAUACCCAACAACUCAUCAAACUCGCUAUAGAAAUUGUGCUAACUCCUCUCAAACAGCAACGACUAAACUGUCAUACGCCAAUUACCAUUAUUCAAAUGCCACCAACAAAUUUGAUGGUACUCUUUGUAAAAAUUGCGCAAAGAUUAUCAGGGACGGUAAAUAUCAAAAUACCGAUUUACACAAGUAUUCAAAAGAAUUACGAAAGAUUAUGGAAGAGUCUAGCGAAAAUAGCUCUAGUCGUGCAACGUCAAGGAGUCAUAACAGAUUACCAGCUUCUUCGGGAAAAGAAGUGGAUGAAAGUUGUUUAUAGACUUUAAAGUUUAAUUGCUAGCAGAGAGUUUUCUUUGAUAUGAAAAUCCUCUUUCUAAAAGUAUUUUUAUUUUAUCAUGAAGGAUUUUAUUAUAUCGUUUAAUUUGGCUUGUUUGAGCUAUUUUAAAAAAGACAUAGCUAUACAAUAUAACAGUUUUUAACUAUUAUUCAACUUAAUUGUGUAGC